UUCCAUUUCUUUAACUUUAUACGUAAACGUGACUUUGUUAUUAAAGUGUUUUUAAUAUUUUACUAUCGUCGACAAAACGUUAAAAAAGGCUUCACAAAAAAUAGAAACAUUUAAGUUUACAAAUACAAUGCAUCAGUUGGACUAUUUUAUGCUAGCAGUUAUUAUAAUCACUCGAUUAGCAGAUGUAUGGUGUGGGGACGAUGUCGAUUAUUGCGAUUCAAAAAUGUGUCCCUAUCAGGGAAAACAUGUUGCUUGCGGAAAAACAAAAAAAUUUAGUGACAAGUGCCAAGGUGAGCCCAAAUUGGAAGACAUGGAACCAUACAUACAAUUGAUUGAGGAUGAGACAAAUUACUACAGAAAUAGAUUAGCAUCUGGGAAGGUGAAAUGUUUUUAUCCUGCUGCUCGCAUGCCCAGUGUGCAAUGGGAUCCCGCUUUAGCCGAGACUGCUGAGUAUAAUGUAAAGAGCUGUGUCUUUGCUCAUGAUGAAUGCCGUAGUACAAAAAAAUUUAGAAUGGCUGGACAAAAUAUUUACACUGCAAAAACUAAAAAUCUAGAUAUCCCCGUUAAAGGUUUUAUAAAAGAAGCAAUAUUACUCUGGUUCGACGAACAGGUUGAUGCAAAUUUAACAGUGUUAAAAUCUUAUCAUAAAACGAGCCCUCAGACAGGACAUUUCACACUUCUCGUUUCGGACCGUCAAACAUACAUUGGAUGUGCGUUUUUAAAUAAUUUAUUGCCUGGUCCCCCUGUGAAAAGGAUGGUGAUUUUCACUUGUAACUAUUCGUCAUCAAAUUUUCGUAAUAUUCCCAGUUACAAACCAGGACCACCAGCAUCCCAGUGCAAAAAACGACAUAGAAUAUUUGAAUCCUUAUGUGCUGAGAGGAUUGAUCCCGACGAUUUAUCAUGGUAUAAAUAUUAGUAAAACGGACAAAUAUUCAAAUUUUGUAAGAAUUAAAUAGAAUUUAUACAAAGAAUAAACUAAGCAGCACACAAAA